GACUUGGAGAGGAUUCCCAGCACAAUUUCUGUCGUGAGACUCUGUGCAUUUGUGUGCAGCAUGCGACACUUUGUGAUCAGCUUGUUGGUGCCAUUGGUGGCGGCGCAGACGUGCUUGGACGAUGCGAUCCCGGAGGCGGAGUGGAAGAACCUGGAGAAUGCCAAUGGAGAAUCAUAUCCGCUCGGGAUUUGGAUCGCCAACUAUGCGGCUUCCUUUGCAGCGAAUGAAAUGGUCCGAACCCUUAUCCAGGAGGUCUUUGGCUUCAAGACCACCAGCGGCCUGGGCGCCGGCACCGUGACCGGCUUCUACGCCAUCACCGGAUGCGCCGAUCCAACGGCCCUCGACGCCGCCGGCCGCAACUGCGGCAAUGGCAACGCAACCAAAUUUCACGUGCACAUGGAGAGUUGGAAGGAUGGCUACCCAUUGGUGUUUGCUGGCCUUGAGAGGGACUACCCCGCAAUGGCGCCGAGGAACUUGGGGAACAUGGGCUACAACGGCGACGCCACCGGCUUCAUCCCCAAGCCGGUGCAACAGGCAGCAUAUGCGAACGAGGGCUUGGCAUUGCAGUACUACAGGAAUUGGAACGCAUCCUGGUUCGAUCCAGCGAAGUACUUCGAUACCAUCGACAUGAUCGAUGGCUCCGCCUUGCUCCGCCCCUGCAGCGAGACGCUGAUUGGUGAUGAUGAAACGAUUCGGCACUACUUGGAUCGCACGGGCGACACGGCUGGUGUCAUCUACGACUCCGUGGCAGACAAAUAUUCUGGUGUUUGCACGCAGAGCUAUUACUGGAUCGCGCCCUCGUGCCGGGCGAAUACAUCGAAGUGUGUCCCCUGGGUGACGGGAGGAGUUGGCUGGGCCUUGCACGAGAUGUUGCAGAAAUGCACGAUCCUGUCUGUGCCGUUGGCUUUGGCGGUGGCCAAGGACUGGACGGCCUACACGCAGUAUCCAUUUGUGCAUCCGAAGUCCUACUUCUAUUGGUGGGUUCCCGAUCCCACCUUCCUGGAAUUGCAGCCGCUGUCGCUGGUUUUUCCUCCCUAUGAUGGCCGGGGUUGGAGCCGCGGAGACUAUACCUCAGCCGGCAACGCCGUCUCCAUCGACAAGCUGGUGAGCAAGGACAUCAGCAUCUUGGCGCCCAACGUGGAAAGCUUCGUGAAGAACAUCGUCAUCUCCCUGGCCCAAAUGGACCAGAUGCUUCUGGACCAAAAGAACACUGGGGAUUCCUGGUUCAACACGACCUGCCGCUGGCUCCGCGCCAACGACGCCACAUGGCGCGCUUGGAUCCCGGAUGAGAGCCAAUGCUUCCCGGGCUUCGGUCUCUAUGACUCCGUGGCCAAGGAGUAUGUAGGGCAACGGGUGAACGCGACGAACAAGAUCGUUUGUCAGGCCUGCCCUUCCGGCACCUUCUCCCAAGCGAUGAGCGACAAUACCGGCGACACCUACACGUGCGUGCCAUGCGGCAAGGGGACCAGCCAAGCGUCUGGUGCCUCCACCUUCUGCAAUGCUUGCAAACAAGGUGAGUACCAGGAUGAGAUGGGUCAGAGCACUUGCAAGCGCUGUGCCCUUGGCGCCUACCAGGACGAGUUUGGUGCUGAGAUCUGCAAGGUGUGCCCCCUCGCGACGACCACUUUGGGUUUGGGAUCUGUUGCAAUGACCGAUUGCGGCUGUCAGCUGAACAACAUCAACAUGCAAUUGUCAGGUGCCUUUGAUUGCCAACCCUGCAGCGAGGGUCUGACGUGCCCCAAGCUCUCACAGCUGGCCGACUUGAAGAGUGGCUCCAGCAGCCUGGGCUCCGAGUUUACCCCGACGGUGGUGGAAGGCUAUUACAGCACGGCGGUGGCGCCCACCGAGGUCUUCCGUUGCAGCAGCGUGAAAGCCUGCCCGGGCGGCACGCCCAACUCCUGCGGUGGCGGCCUCGUUGGCACCCCCUGCGACGAGUGCAACCCAGGCCAGACUUGGAACGGAAGUGAGUGCAAAGAGUGCGAAGUGUGGCGUCAAAUCCUUUGGGUGCUGGCGGUGCUGUGCAUCUUUGUGUUCCUCACUCUGGCAUACUACCUCACCUCCAGCAAGGUCACCGCGAAGGCCACCGUCUUGUUCGCCACCACGGCCUCCUUCGGCAUGUUGGUGAUGUCCAUGCAGAACCUGGGUCUCAUCGGCAUGAUGACCGUCGAAUGGCCUGUCGACAUCAAGGGAAUCUUCAGCGUUUGUCAAUUUCUCCUCCUUGACAUCGACAGCUACGGCUUCAGCUGCAUCGCAGGCCAAAACGCUCCAGUGCGCUACUUGCUGAGUGCCUUGAUCUUCCCCAUCGGUGUGGCUUGGCUGGCUCUUUGCUGGUCCAUUGCCCGGGUCCUUCCCACGAAGUGGCGCUGGGAUGGAUCCAAAGUGGUGAGUACCAUGGGCGCCUUCCUGCAGGUGGGUUUCAGUACCAUGUCUGCGACCUCCUUGGCUCCAAUGAUGUGCUACAAGCACCCCAAUGGCCUGAGGAGCAUUUUGAAGUAUCCUGGAGUGAUUUGCGGAUCCGAUGAGCAUACAUCCAUGCUGGUCAUUGGUUGGCUCUUGCUCUCCAUCUUCGUCUUGGGCUUCGUCGCCUUGUGCACCUUUGCCGUGACCAGGGUGCCCAGCUGGAGUGCCACCCGGAAGGACCACUUGGUGGCCUGCGUGCGCUUCUUGGUCUUCCGCUUCCGUCUCGACUCCUGGUGGUUCGGCGUGCCACUGCUGUGCCGCGGACCCCUGCUCUCCUUGCCGGUGGUUUUGGCCACGGACUAUCCUCCGGUGCAGAUCAUCGUCAUCGCCGUGAUCUUGGCUGGCUUCAUGGUCACUCAGAUGUUGUCCUGGCCUUGGAAGGUGCCCAUGUUGAACCUGACUGAUGCGAUCAUCUCCUUCUGCGUCGUCUUGCUCGUCACCACCUCCAGCUUACACCUCCCUGCGAUCGAAGGCCCCAUGGCCCAGUUUGCGGAGGCCGUCUCGACCACCAUGUUGAGCGGCAUCGGCGUCGCGCUGGGCAUCAUGGUCUUAAUGACCGGCAGUGCCUUGAUCUACCGCAGCGCGCUGGGCGGCAAGAAGGAGCUGCGGGCGUUCAACCUGGGUGCGGUUCCAUCGUCGGACAAGCUGGCGAAGAAGGUGAAGGACCUGGCGACGGAGUUGGAGAAGAUGGAAGUGAAGGAGCUGUCGCAAGCGACGCUCGUCCCCGGUCCGCGGCGGACGACGGAGCUCCAGAGAGCGGCGGACGACGCGUGGUGGUUCUUUUCCGUGAAAGCUCUGAGGCUGGCGAGCUUGGCGGUCUUUGACAUGAACAAGGUCACCACCUGCAUCACGCUCUUGGCCACUGAGGUCGCACCACCUGCCGAAGAUGCGGUCACCUACAAGUUCAAUCCGUCUCCCGGGUCGCACCAUCUUUCACGACGUCGAGAGGGCAAGCCCAGUGAAGAAGAAGUGGACAACAACCAGCCAAUGCAGGGCAGCCCAGACAUCCGUCGGCCCGGUGUUCCCGAGCCCUCGGACAAGGGGAACAACCAGAGCCCUGGAGCCCCACAGGGUGGCACCAGAGGAGGAGGAGCGGAAAUCUUCCUGGAUUUGAGCGCGCUUCGGGUGUGGUUGCCUUUCGUGGACAACCUGCCGGCCGCUCACCACGGGUGGGUUCCACCGGGCUCGUCCGCAGAAACCACGGGCACCACCCAGGACGCGCGGCGACCGCAGCUGCAGACAGCCCUCCAGGAGGUCAACGAGCAAAGAGCUCAUGAAGCCAACGUGUGCAGCUUCCUGAAGCGGAAGACGGAAGAGUUGCAGGCAGAAGGCCAUCGGCUGCAAACGAUGCACAUGGAGUCUGGCUCCAGCUGCCACGCCACCUUGGAGCUCUACCGGCGCCAGGCCUCAGAAGAGGCGGCCGCCUUACGGCUGCGCCGCGCGCAGCAGCAGGCGAAGGUCACGGAGGAGGAGAUGGAACGGAUGGCCUUUGAGCGGAGAAUGGCCUUCCGCCGGAGAAUGGAGCAACGCAAAAAGGGCCCGAACGACGAGACGGGGGCUAUCAGCGCGGUUGCAGUACCGGCUGAGAGCACUGCCGAAACGGCGCAGCGGCAACAGGGCCACAGGGGGUCCGCGCGAGUGUUCUCUCGCGGCGCACGUGGCCGCGCGAUCGACGCACACGACGGCUCAGGAGUUGCCAAUGUCAUGGACAUCUUUCAGCAGGUGCGGACGUUGGUGGGGUUAGUGAGCAAUGCCUGGAGCUGGUCGAUGCGAACGAAUUCCACCUUUCGCCAGGUGAUGCCCGGCCUGGUCCGGGUGCACCCGGGCAUGGGCUCGGAGACCUUCAUCAUGCAGAGCUACUACCUCUCACUCAUCCUGACUAUGGACUUUCCGGGCGACCGCGAUAGCGCCUUCUGCGGGGAGCUGCAGUGGCUGCGGCGCCGGGCAGUGCGUGGCCUCGUGCGGCGCGUGGCCGCGGAGGGAGCCUCGGCGAGGGAAGCUUUGGCCAAGCUCCCCUUUUGGCCACCCUGCACCGUGCUCUUGGCCCCGAAGACGACCUUUCGCGAAGCCCUGGCCAUCGAUGGCACCUGCGUUCUGCUGGGUGGGUCGGGCACCGUGCUGGCGCCGGCGGCACGAACAGUGACCGGUGUCCCUCCACCGCUGCUCUCCUUCGCCGCGGCCGCCGCGCCCGACGCCGCGUCAUACGACGCGCCGCGGACGCUCUGCGACGUCACGGUCGAGGGCCCCGUGGAGGUGUUGGGCGCGGCGACGCUGCGGCGCUGUCGGGUGGUGCCGCCCGCGGCUGUCUGGGGGAAGGUGAGUGCUGGAGUCGCUACAAAAGGCAAAGCCCAACUACGGCUGGAGCACUGCACCUUCCAGGGCUGGAAAUCCGCUGCAGUGUGCUUUCGCGAUGACUCCGAUGUGACCUUGAAGGAGUGUCGCUUCGAGGAGAAUCCAGGCACUUGUAUCUCCGCAAGAAACGCAGCGUCCAUCACAGUCCAGCAGAGCAGCUUGACGAAGAACGGAGGACCAGUGAUUCAGCUCCGGGAUGCCACGCGCCUUCGUCUGAGUGAGAGCCGCUUGGAGUCCAACAAGGGCUGCGGCAUCUUGGUGCGGGGCCAGGCGGAAGCCUUCAUCAAGUCCAGCUGCCUGGAAGGACACAAGAUGUCAGCGGUGGCCUUUCAACAUCAAGCAAAAGGCUCCGUGCUGGAGUGCCGCUUCGAGCGCAACGACGGAGCUGUGGUCCUGGUGAACGGCUCCGCCGAGGUCACCGUGGAGUCCAACGUUUUUGAGAAGAACGGCAAGUCGCCGCCGGUCCUCGAGUUCCACGGCGCCGCAGGUCCAGUGAAGGCGAAGAUUGUGGCCAAGCGAGAGAAGGACGUGAACGGCUUGACGCACCAGCUCUCCUACAUCAGCGGAGCUGAAGGCUCUGACUGGGCCAACCUGGACGAGUCAGCGCAGAUGAUCCGCAAUCGCGCUGGGACGGAGAGGCACUCUCAGAGCGAAGAAAGACGACUUCGGGUUUGGUCAGCCGUUCAAAGGCUCCUCUUCCACUUUGUGGCUUCGUUCAGGCUCUUCUUCCACUUUGGUCAGGCUCUUCUUCCUACCAGGGUCUUUGUGGAAAAGAAAGACCCAAACGCGUAUGGCCUCAUGUAUGGCCUCGCGUAUGGCCUCGGACUCAUCCCGCCAUGGACGCCCUUGGACGCCCCCCCUAAGGGAGACGAAUGUGCCGUACCAGAUCAAGGAGCCCAUGCGCGUUGGACAGCAACACGAUGGGGAGGGCGGCACCUUGUCAGGCGUGAACCUCCAACGUGGGAUCAAGCGCUCAGUGCUCGCGGUCAAAGACACUGCGAAGGCGACGGUGCGGUGCAACCGGAUGAAGGCCAACGAUGGCUAUGGUAUCCUGGUGAGUGA